CUAUGCUGCUGAAACCUUCCGGUGUUCAUUACCCAACUUGAUCGACAGUUGUGACGCCAAUAUGGCCGAUACAGAGCUGGGGUUAGCUAUUGCUUUUUACCUAUACCCUUGCGGCCUCUUCGUAACCUUGUUCUCAUCACAAUUAAUCCGCUACCGGUAUCGAGAUGCCGACGAGCCUUUGGCCGCAAUCAACGAGAAGAAGGUCCAAAAAGCACAUCGCGUGUAUACAAAACUGAUAUGGAUCUUCCAGCUUUUGCUAUCCCCUUUACUGCUGGCCAGCAUUGUCCUGACGUUGAGCGCUGCUAUUGCUCGUCGAAAUGAUAUCCCCGAGGAUGUCAAUUUCCCAUAUACAGCAUAUUUGGCCUCUCACACAGGUGUGCUACUAUAUUUCCUUGCUGGAUUACUGCCAGAUCCCGAUGGACCCUGGACCCCGACCAUCACUACUCAUUGCUUCGCAUGGGUAGUAGGCGUGCUUCUUGAAGUUGUGAUCGCAUCGGUUUUCAUGUCCCAGCAGCACCAGAUACAUGUGCCCCUAGGCCUUCUCGAUAGCUUGUUUGGUCUGAGUUUGGCACGGAUCGUUACUCUUGGCAUCAUGAUCGCGCUCCUCGUUUGCCGGGAGUACGAAUUUAAAGGCCCCGAACAAGGACCGGAAUCGGAACGGCAGUCACUCCUAGAGAAUGGCAAUGGCCCCAAUGGCUACGGAUCUGAUAGCUCUAAACAGAAACCCAAGAAACCUCGCGAUGCUCAGAGCGCGGGUUGGUUUGAUUACUUCGCCGGGUUUCGAGUCCUGUUCCCAUACCUAUGGCCAUCCGACUCCCACCUAUACCAAGCCAUUGUCAUAAUCUGUCUUGGUUUAAUGAUAUUACAACGCGCAAUCAAUGUUCUCGUUCCGAUCCAGCUUGGAAAUCUAGUCGCCGCCCUUGGUUACGGCCGCAUUCCGUGGAAGGAAAUAAUACUAUACGUAGUCUAUCGAAGCCUCCAGGGUCAACAAGGAAUAAUCGGAGCCGGACGUUCUGUCCUUUGGAUCCCAGUAUCGCAAUCACUGCUUCGUCGACUAUCUUGCGCGGCGUUUGAACACGUUCUUGGACUAUCGAUGGAUUUUCAUCUGAGCAAGAAAAUUGGCGAAGUAACAAGCGCACUUAGUCGUGGUAGUGCGAUGAACUCAUUCCUUGAGAACUUUAUGUUCAAUGUCUUCCCCAUGAUAUUUGACAUUUUCGUGGCGUCUGUCGUCUUCUUCAUCAAAUACGACGCCUUCUACACUCUCAUUAUCCUUGUGAUAAUGUGGUCAUAUAUCUUCCUCACAAUCUACAUGGCCAAAUUCCGCGGGAGGCAAAGAAGAGAUAUGGCUACGAAGAGCCGAGAAAUGGAGGCUGCAAAAACGGAUGCUAUCAUUGCUUAUGAGACUGUGCAACAUAAUUGCGCUGUGGCCUCAGAGACCAAAAGGUUUGAGGAGUAUAUAACCGUAUUCCAGCAUGCCGAGCGACUGGUUCAGUGGUCGCUGAAUGGUUUGAAUGUGACCCAGAGCACAAUAUUCAGCCUUGGUACAGCCAUGAUAGUUGUCUUAUCUGCAUAUAAGAUAUCCUUGGGCCAGCAGACGGUUAGCGAAUUUGUCACUCUAAUCACAUAUUUUGCCCAGAUUUCAGCACCACUGAACUUCUUUGGCACUUUUUACACGAUGAUACAGAAUAGCUUGAUUGAAGCUGAGCGGAUGCUCGAUCUAUUCAAAGAGACAUCAGGGGUGGUAGAGAAACCAGAUGCAAUCGAGCUUCCAUACCCGCUCGGCGAAGUCAAGCUCAACAAUGUAAAGUUCUCAUACCAAGGGAAGGAACCGGCCAUCGAUGGCAUAAGCUUUACCAUCCCACCCGGAACCAAGACAGCCAUUGUCGGGGAAUCAGGGGGCGGAAAAUCAACAUGUCUGAAACUUCUAUUCCGAUUCUACGACGUUGACAGUGGAUCUAUCACUGUUGAUGGAUAUGAUAUCCGUGACCUUACGCUGCUCAGCCUGAGAAAGCACAUUGGUGUCGUCCCGCAAGACACCGUCUUGUUCAACGCAACCAUCAUGUAUAACCUCCGCUACGCCAACCCCAAUGCCUCGGACGCCGAUGUCUUCAACGCUUGCAAAGCUGCCAACAUCCAUGAGCGUAUCCUCGCAUUCCCAGAACAGUAUAAUACGAAAGUUGGCGAAAGGGGCCUAAAGCUCUCUGGUGGUGAGCGUCAACGUGUUGCUAUCGCGCGCGCCAUUCUCAAAAACAGUCGCAUUCUCCUUCUAGACGAGGCGACCGCAUCUCUGGACUCGAAUACUGAGCGAGAAAUCCAGGCUGCGUUGGAGAUGGUGACUAAGGGACGUACGACCAUCACCAUCGCACAUCGUUUGUCGACAAUCACCACUUCAGAUCAGAUUAUCGUGGUUCAUCAGGGGAAAGUUGUGGAACGGGGCACGCAUAAGGAACUUUUAGCCCUUCAGGGUAGAUACUUUGCCAUGUGGGAAAAGCAAACCCGGACCGAAAAUGACGUUGCUGAGGCGCCGACUGCAGAGGAAUAGUGUGGCCGGAUCGGGGGGUCAUCUGUAGAGCAUUGUAUAGAUACUAAUGAAAAGUUCUGUCUGUUCUUAAGGCC